AUGCCAAAGAGAAUGGAAAACGGAACAUCAAACCACAAUGACGACCCCAACGCUGAAAAAUUCCGUAAAUUGUUCAUCGGUGGAUUGAACUAUGAUACCACGGAAGAAGGCCUUCGCACCUACUUCGAACAGUGGGGCGAAGUUGUGGAUUGUGUAGUGAUGAAAAAUCCGACUACAAACAGAUCUCGUGGAUUCGGAUUUAUCACCUACCAAAGCGCUGAACAACUGGACGAUGCCCAGACUAACCGACCACAUACUAUCGACAGCAAGAAGUUGGACACUAAGAGGGCUAUGCCCCGAGACGGCAGCGAAGAAACCCAGGCUUCAGUGAAAAAAAUGUUUGUCGGUGGAUUAGAAGAAACUACCAGUGAGGAUGAAAUUCGUGAUAUUUUCUCAAAGUUCGGUACUGUAGAGAAAAUUGAUAUGAUCAAAGAUAAGAACACAGGCAAGCAAAAACGAUUUUGCUUUGUCACUUUCGACGACUUCGAUGCCGUUGAUAAGUGCGUCAUCCGGAAACGCUUUCCUCUUGGUUCCAAAAGCAUUGAGGUGAAGAAAGCAGUCUCGAAGAACGAGGCUAUGGGUAGUUCCAUGGGAGGCCGUGGUGGCCGAGGAGGUGGACGUGGAGGCCGCGGUGGCUUCGGUUCCAACUUCAAUGGAUAUGGAAGUGGCUGGAACCAAAGUGGCCCUGGUUAUGGAGGAGGCUACGGCGGCCCCAAUAGCGGUGGCGGCUGGUAUCAAGGAGGAGAUGGCCGCUAUGGUGGGGACUACAACAAUGACAAUUAUGGAGGAGGAUUUGGUUCUAACUACGCAAAUGGACCUGGUGGCGGACCCCAGCGCCAAGGCUUUUCCCAGAGGGGCUCUGGCCCUUACGGAGGUGGCUACGGUAGUGGAAUGAGCAGUAGUAGCUACAGGCGUUAA